CGGCUCGGCUCGGCUCGGCUCGGCUCGGGCAGCGGGACCGGGGAACAGGGCACAGGGGAUACGGGACUCGGGACCCUGCCCGGCUGCGGCCCCGCGAGGACCUGAUCCCCUCCUGCUUCUGGAGUUGCUGGGGGUGAAAUGAAACAGGAAUUUUAGACUUUGAGGACUCAUUAUGGAAGACUCAGAAGGACAUCACUUUAGCUCAGUAGAAGAAGAAACCAGAUACUGGAAGGAGUUGGCUAUGAAAUACAAGCAGUGUGCUGAGAAUACACAGGAGGAAUUGCGAGAAUUCCAAGAGGGGAGCCGAGAGUAUGAAGCUGAACUGGAGACUCAGCUGCAGCAAACAGAGUCCAGGAACAGAGACCUCCUGUCAGAAAACAACCGUCUGAGGAUGGAGCUGGAGUCAGUGAAGGAAAAGAUUGAAAUGCAGCAUUCGGAAGGAUACAGGCAAAUCUCUGCACUGGAAGAUGACUUGGCACAGACAAGAGCUAUUAAAGAGCAGCUUCAGAAAUACAUUCGAGAACUCGAGCAAGAAAAUGAUGAUUUGGAAAGAGCAAAAAGAGCCACUAUAAUGUCCCUGGAGGAUUUUGAACAGCGCUUAAACCAGGCUAUUGAAAGAAACGCUUUUCUGGAGAGUGAGCUGGAUGAGAAAGAAAAUCUUCUGGAGUCUGUGCAGCGUCUGAAAGAUGAAGCUAGAGAUCUACGCCAAGAGCUUGCUGUGCAGCAGAAACAGGAGAAGCCCAAAACACCAAUGAGAGCUCCCCUGGAAGCAGAAAGAACAGACACUGCAGUUCAGGCCUCCUUAUCUGUGCCCUCAACACCUGCAAUGCGCCGGACACCCAUCAGCAUACCCACCUCUGGGAUGUUCAGGAGAGGUCUUGAGGACAGUUAUGGUGCAACCCCUCUCACACCAGCUGCAAGAAUAUCUGCACUUAAUAUUGUGGGAGACUUGCUGCGAAAAGUGGGGGCUUUGGAGUCUAAGCUUGCAUCUUGCCGAAACUUUGUGUAUGACCAGUCUCCAAACAGACCUUCAGUGUCCAUGUACAUGAACAGAGAUGUCCUUGAAACACGCCUGAGUCCUCAUCAGCCUCUUUGUGAUACAGGGUUGGUGAAACGCCUGGAGUUCGGAUCACGGCCUUCACACGUUCCAGGACCUGUGAGCCAUCCCUCACAAAGCGUUGUCAAGAUGCUGCUAUGAAAAGUCUUGCUGGCUUUGGGAAAGGAGAAGAAAUGUAUUUCAAACUUUAGUUUUAAAGAGAAUAUCAAUGAGCAAGCAGACAGCAGUGUCAGGGUAGGUGAGAACUGAACAAGAAGUCACAAUUGGCAGUGGCUUCCAGUGUGGCCUCUAGGCAAGUUCUGUGGGUGACAAAGCAAUGCUGUCUGUGGCAGUGCAGGACUGGGAAUUGCUUCCUGCAUCAGCUACUGUAAAUAGCUCCUUGAAGGUUGCUUUUGACACUGCCAAAGCCAUUGUCCUGAUGCCUACAAUGCAGCAGUAUUCACUGUGUAGCUCCUCAGGCUUUCACUUUUGGUGUUAAUACACCACCAGUUCUGGCUGGAAUUCUGCUUUCUACCAUGGGUAUUUGUGCUUGCAGUCACCCAAAUUAAAGGACUAUUUUUAUGUGGAGAAAGGUGUAUUUCUGCAGGGAAGCUGCUCAGCUCCUCGUGGGAUGUUUGGUGACCAGAAUGUUGCUGCACAAAAGCCUGCCUCUGUAGUGGCAAGAUAUUUCUGUAAGCAAUGAUUUCUCAUUCAGAACAGGUCAUGGUUAAAGGUGAGACAUGUCUAGUUCUGAGAGUGCUCAGGAGAUCCCAGAGCUAAUGGCAUGUAGACGUAAUAUUUUUUAAUUUUUUUUAAACCCCAUAGUGGCUGGCGUUUGUAGGAGGCCAAACCUGAUCAAGUUUCUAGUUCUAACAUCUUGAUAGGUAGGUUUUACUUCUUUACAAACCUCCCUUCACUAAGGUGCCUUGGGUGUUAGUGAUUUUUUUUAUUGUUUUAUUUUUCUAUAUUAAUAUAUCAGCUGUUACUAAUUUAGAAAUGCUUUUUUGACCUGAAAAGCCUUUUUAUGCUAGAGAAGUGUAUAUGAGUAGAGAAUUAUUUUAAAAUAAUUUUUCCCCUUUUAGAAUAUUACUGCAUUUGUUUUUUAAAUGGAGUAGAUUCAUUCCCAGUGUUAAUGUAUUUUAUGGAAGGCUGUACUUGUAAAACUAAUCAUGACAAAACAAUGUUUUGUUGUUGUUGUUUUGGGGUUUUUUUUGUGGCAGGGGAUGGGGAGAGCUUACUUGACAAAAGAAUGCAUAAAUGGUAUGAUUUUCUUUUUUUUAAGGAUGUGCUGUGAAAACAGCCACUUCCUUAAAAGGAGGCUUCUCUUUCUCUUGAAUAUGUAAAUCACAGAUGAUUUCCAUUUCUCAGUCCACCUAUGAAGUUGGUUUAACUGGGGAGCAGAAUAAAGCUUAUUUUGAAUGGGAGUUGUUGAUGCUUUUUAAGUUUUUUUGCAUUAAUUAAGACCAUUUAAUG